ACCAGUGAAACGUUUCAGCCAGUUUAGUUUAGUUUUGUUUAUAUCGCCCCACUUCACGACAACAGUCAGCUUUAUAUCGCAAGGUAGAUGUGAUACAAUAAACCCUAAUGACAGUGAACCUUACUACACGCACAUGGCGAGGAAGAGAGCUUUUAGGACUUCAGGCAACAGCCAUCCGUCCCACUGGUUGUCGGCUGAGGAGAAAGACGGGAAAAAGAGGAGAAUAGAAAGACAAGACAAACAACAAGAGUGAAUGGCAUACGAUUCUCUAAAGAAACAAAAAGUUGGCAGGAAAACCACGACUUCCUGCCCACCGAGAUCACUUUCAUAAUAAAACCGCUGGAGCCUGUGCCACCGAAGAGACAUGCAGCUUUAGUCUUGCCCCGCCGCUCGGGAGAGAGGCUGCGCACUACACCCCGCACAGGCCGGCAAUCACAGAGCUCAGAAAGGCAGAAACAGCUUUUACGGCCACAAACGAAGUGGACACUACGUGGCUGGUGACUUGCGCUGACUUCUAUCAGCGGUUCUUCAUCUGCGGUGAGUCAAAUAACAGCAGCUCCAGCUCAAGUCUCAUGACGUCCUUGGACUUGAUGAAAAAACAGUGUUUUGCAUCUGGGACGCUGUCCUCAGCUUCUCUCAAAAGAAGGUUCAUAAAGAAGAGCAGGGUCGCUCCGGGGAGGCAGCACGAUGCGGGCAGCGAGUGUCAGCUGUGCAGAUGUUCCAUAUUUUCCCAUUCAGGCAGCAACCAGACUGUUCGCCGGAUUCUGACAGCCUGCCUCCUCUCUUUCAUGGCCCUGCUCGGCUCUGUAUUCAUCGACAUCAACUCCAACUUUGACUUGCUGUACACUACAGAAGCAGCUUACAGCGAGCUGACUUCAUGCAGGACUCUGACUCUCCUGCAACUUGUCAGUAAACUUCAAAAGACGAGACAUUUAUUUUCCAAAAAAGCAGGGAAUGAGACAGCUGAGGCAAGUUUUUCUAAGAUGCUUUUUCUCAUCUUUGAUAAUCAUUGUGACGAACUGGUGGGUCGAAGUAAUGACAUUGGGAUUCCUUGCGGUACUGAGUUUCCUAGCUUUUGCAAAGAGCUAGUAAGGAGCAUUCAAGGAUUGUUAAAUACUUCACAGGAUACAAACAUUACCAGUGAAAAUGGAAUUCUUGCUUUCUCACUGGCUAUUGAAAGACUUCUUGACAUCUGGUGUACAGUAGAAGAUACUUUGGUAAAGGCCAAACAGAAUUCUAAUUGGAGAGAUGUACUGUCUGCAAGACUGUUGGUCACCUUUAUUGAGCUCAACCACCAGUUGAGAGACUUUGGCCACAUGCAAACUCCUACUGGCUUCCAGUUUAGAUGGUCAUGCAUUCUGAGCUACCUCAGCUUUGCCAGGGUUUUGACAGAGAAACUGAAUGACUGUUGGCUAGAAAACAUAGACCUCAAGUUAAACACUACCCUGGAUGUUCAGCAUUCCUAUAUUUUUGACACAAGUCAAUGGCAGAUCUCUGGCACAAGUACCGAACGUCUGUCUGGGUCUCACACUGGAAUUCAAGCUCUGACAAACACUCAGCAGUGUUUAUUUGAUCGUGCAGUGUUGGCUCUCAGGGUGGGCUCUCGAUCCAUCUCUUCAGGCCUCAGUAUGAGGAUAUGCCUGCUGGCCAUGGCGUGCCUUAUCUACCCUGUGGUGAUGUUCUCUUUCAAACAGAUGACAGAGUGGAUACAGAACUAUGCCCACAGUCUGAAGGAGAAAACACAAGACCUCAAGCACCAGAGGCAGCUGGCUGAAGAUCUGCUUCACCAAAUGCUGCCAAAGUCAGUUGCCAAACAGCUCCGCCAGCAUAAACACGUUGAAGCUGAGAGCUAUGAAAAGGUUACCAUUUUUUUCUCAGACAUUGUGGGCUUCACCUCUAUCUCUGCGUCCUGUACUCCAUUGCAAGUAGUGGAGAUGCUCAACAACCUCUACAUGUGUUUUGAUACGCGCAUUGACUCCUAUGAUGUCUACAAGGUGGAGACUAUUGGAGAUGCAUACAUGGUGGUGAGCGGCCUACCUGAAAGGAACGGAGACAGACAUGUGGAUGAAAUUGCCAAGAUGGCUCUGGAUCUGGUAGCAGCCGUCAGACAGGUCUCCAUUCCUCACAUGCCCAAUGAGAGGCUUCAGCUCAGAGCUGGCAUCCACACAGGUCCAUGUGUGGCAGGAAUAGUGGGCUACAAGAUGCCAAGAUACUGUCUAUUUGGAGAUACCGUCAACACAGCCUCUAGAAUGGAAUCAACCAGCCUGCCUCAGAAAAUCCACAUCAGUUCAGAAACAUACCUGGCUCUGAUCAAAGACAAUGCUUAUGAACUGCAGCUUCGUGGGGAGAUUGAGAUUAAGGGUAAGGGCAAAAUGUAUACAUACUGGCUGAUUGGCCACAAGAACUACAGCGUGCAGAAUGACAGCCUGGUUUGCCACUGGAAUCCCAACAUGGCCAGAAAGAAGAAGAUGUUAGCAGGGAGCCAGGUAUCUGUGAGCAAUUCAUCAGUAACAGUGCAGAGUCUGACCGAGAAGGCUACCACUCCGGUUUCUCUUCUCAUGAACCAAACUUCGCCACAGCCACCACAAGACAAACCUGGCAAAAGAAUGGCAGCUCAGAUGGAGACCUACAGCAGCAGCUGCAGUACCCUUGGCUCCAUGAUCGGAGGACUGCAGGGAGGAGAUAAAAGUCCUCAACCCAGCCAGCAUAGCAGUGGACUCAAACCUGAUCUGGUUCCUGUCUCCAACCAACAUGUGUAACCAAUAACUCUGCCAGCAUAAAUAAACCUAAGAAAAUGUGAGAAAUUAGUUUGUUGCAGGUAGUGCUAUAACAGCUAAAUGACAUAGUUCAUUGUCACCUGACAUAAAAAGUUUCAACUCAUAUUAAUUUCCUUCCUGAACUUUUGAGUUGGAAAGACUCACUCGUUCCAAGUAUUACAAAGAAAGUUCGACAUACUGUUAGCAUUCUGUCAUCAGACACACCCCAACAGUGUCAAUCAGGCCGAGCAGACACACAAAGGUGGUUAUCUAUGGAGAGAACUUUGACUCAAAAAUGGCCUGUAUUUAUAUAGCGCUUUACUAG